GUGUGUUUCGAAAUCUUGGCUCGCUUUAAUCUCUAGCCCGGAAUUUAUCAAUACCCAUUUAAUUGUAUCUGCUAAUAACAAGGAGUAUCUACACCAUAGACUUAUGUUGAGUUUUGUUCAACCUGAGUAUAAUCUUAAGGAUUGUUCUCUUGGUUCUUUAUUAUAUGGGAAUGUGACGGAGGCGUUUGACUUGGAUUAUCCUAUGAAAAAUCCUCAUAAAUCAGUUUGGAUUGUGGGUUCUGUUAAUGGCUUGAUUUGUCUUGCUAUUGAGGAAAAUGAUUUGUUUAUAUGGAACCCGUCCAUUAGGAAGUUCAAGAAAUUGCCUGAUUCGAGGCCUAUGUUGAGGUGUGGUUACUAUUUCAUGUAUGGUUUUGGAUAUGACAAGGUUUAUGAUGAUUAUAAGGUUGUGGGCAUUUUUUGUAUUUUUGGUUCCGGGGGUUCGUAUGAUGUUGAGGUGAAGAUGUAUAGUUUGAAGAGUGAUUCUUGGAGAAACGUUUAUGAUUAUCAGGGUGGAGUGUUAUUGAAUGAUUCGGGUAAGUUUGUGAAGGGGAAGCUUCAUUGGUCUACUACUGCUCGUUGUGCUCAGUAUACUGGUUGGGAGAUCAUUUCUAUUGAUUUGACGGAUGAGAAAUGGGGAAAGGUGGAGCAACCUUGCUUUGAAGAAGGAAAUUUAGAUUUUGCGCUGGGAGUGUUGGAAAACAAUCUUUCCGUGCUUUGUAAUUAUAGAACUUGGGCAGAUGUGUGGGUUAUGAAGGAGUAUGGGGUUAAAGAUUCUUGGGGAAAAAUGUAUACCAUCAGAUGUCCUAAUGAUGAUCCUGGGAAGUUUAUGUUUUCUCCACCCCUUUGCGUGUCAAAUAAAGGUGAAAUUUUGCUCGUGUUUGGAUCAAUCUUUAUGAUAUACAAUCCAAGUGAUGAUUCGAUCAAAUAUCCGGAGCUGAAUAACUUUGAUGCCUGUCUUGAGGCGGAAAUCUACAUUGAGAGCCUAAUUUCUCCCCUUUUACAAAAUGAACCUAUUCCACUACAACAAUGAAGGUCGCAGAAGCUCAGAUGAAGGACAAACCCAUGAUAUACGAAAUGAAAGUGAAAGCCAACCCCUGCAGACUCAACUGAGUGCAAUGAAGAAGCAUGGGUUCUCCCUGUUUUUACUUUUCGUUGUGAAUGUACUAGUCUUAUCACCAUGUGCAUAUACAAAGUGAAAGUUACCUACAUUUGCUUAUAGGAUAUCACAGUGUAGGACUGUUGUUAGCUUUAAGUGAAGUUCGUCGCGACAAAAUGUUGAACAAGCUUCUCCUUCCAUUGAAUGUCUGUUGUAUGUAUAUUUAUCUGAACCUGAAGGAUAUGCCAUCUUGAUACUUAUA